AGGAAGUAGGAAGUCCGCAGUGUGCCCACAAGGAAGAAGAAGGCAGAAAGAUAACAAACCUUCUUCACGAAGAUUUCAACGCCAGUAAAAUAGUUUAAUUUAAUAAUCAACGUACAAAUCAAACAAGAUGUGGAAAUCGAGUGUUGGACACAACGUCAAAUCUAAUGCCCCUCCUGCAGAAGAAGACGAUGAUUGGGAGACUGAUCCAGACUUUGUUAAUGAUGUGAGUGAGGCGGACCAGAGAUGGGGUGCCAAGACAGUAGAAGGAUCAGGUCACCAGGCCUCAAUCAGAAUGGAAGAUCUAAGGAAAGAUGUUGCCAUUGAUGAUAAGAACAUCAAGAAAACUGAGUUUGAGAAAGGACCCAAGUCAUCAUUUGGUUAUGGUGGAAAGUUUGGUGUACAGAAGGACCGUAUGGAUAAGGUUGCUGUAGGGAAUGAAUAUGUAGCUAACUUGGAGAAGCACAGCAGUGUAGCAGAUACAGCUAAAGGCUUUGGUGGCAAAUACGGUGUCCAGCAGGAUCGACGAGAUCAGUCUGCAGUUGGCUUUGAAUAUGCAGGAAAAACAGAGAAACAUGCAUCACAAAAAGAUUAUUCCACUGGGUUUGGCGGCAAGUAUGGCGUACAAAAAGACAGAGUGGAUCAAGCAGCUGUCGGAUUCGACCACAAGGAAAAAAUUGACAAGCAUGAGUCACAAACAGAUUACUCCAAAGGAUUUGGAGGAAAGUAUGGUGUCCAGAAGGAAAAUAUGGACAGAUCAGCUGUGGGAUGGGACCACCAGGAGAAGUUAGGCAAACAUGAGUCACAAACAGAUCAUUCCAAAGGAUUUGGAGGAAAAUUUGGCGUACAGAAAAAUAACAUGGACAAAUCAGCAGUGGGCUAUGAACAUCAGGAAAAACUGGAAAAGCAUGAGUCACAAAAAGAUUAUUCCAAGGGAUUCGGAGGAAAAUAUGGUGUGCAGAAGGAAAAUAUGGACAGGUCAGCCCUGGGAUACGACCACCAGGAGAAACUGGAGCAGCACGAAUCACAAAAAGAUUAUUCCAAAGGAUUUGGAGGUAAAUUUGGGGUACAGAAGGAUCGACAAGAUGCGUCUGCGGCCAGUUACGAACAGAUGGGCAAGACUGACCUACACGAGUCGCAGACGGACAUGAAGAAGGGAUUUGGUGGAAAGUUUGGUGUCGAUUCCGAAAACCAGGAUAGGUCGGCUGGGUCAUUUCAGGACAUGGCUGGCGCCUCGUCUUCCUACCAGAAAACACAGGCGAAUGCUGGUUCCGAUGGAGCAAAGAAUUUAAAAAACAAAUUUGAAAACUUAGCAAAAUCAAAUGAAGAAGAGGCAAGAAGAAGAGCAGAAGAAGAAAAGGAAAGACGGAAAAGAAUUGAAGAGAAAGAAAGAGCAGAGCAAAAACAAAAGGAAGAGGAACGUCGUAAUAGAGAACGCUGGGAGGAAGAACAACAACAAGCAGCCGAACCAGAACCUGAACCAGAACCUGAACCGGAGCAACCCAGACCUCAGGAAAGUGUUGAAAGUUUUGAACCAGAGGAUGAAUAUGGUGAUGUGGCAUACACACCCCAGGCUGAACCUGAACCUAGUCCUCCGGCUCCAUCUGAACCAGUAGAGGAGGACGAAUACGAACAGUUCGAGGACAAACAACCUGCUACAACGGGUGAAGCCAUGACAGCCGUAGCUUUGUACGAUUAUCAAGCCACAGAUGAUGAUGAAUUGACCUUUGACCCAGAAGAUAUUAUAACAAAUAUUGAAAUGAUCGAUGAAGGCUGGUGGAGAGGAGAGUGCCAUGGAAUGGUUGGACUGUUCCCUUCAAAUUAUGUGGAGUUACAAAAAUAGACAAACUGUGCCUUUUGUAACGUGAUGAACAAUCGUACCAGUUUCAUGUAAUUAAUGUUUACAGCAAAAAGUCGAUCCAUCUUGUCAAAAUGUAUUUGAACAGUAUCUACCAACAAGAUUUCAUGUGAUUGACGGCAUUAUUGAAGUGCUAUGUGGUUUACUCCUGUGAUGACGUGCCAGGAAUGAGGACAAUGAGAGUUGAACCUACACACUCCAGAAAAAAUGUCUGCAGUCAGUAGGGACUAAGAGUGAAAGAGUUUCAUUAAAUUUUAUAUAAAUAUGUACAAGUUUGAAGUGAAAAAGCUAGUGUGAGUGUGAGGAAGCUGUACAACUCUAUACAUUUCAGAGAUUUUUAUUGUUACCUCACCUGUCCUAAGAUGGCGGUUGCAGCGUCUGUCAACCAUCAAUUCAGUGUCAUCUUUUCCCUGUAAACAAAUCCUUCUCAAUAUCCUAAAGUCCCAGAAUAUUGAAAUAUAGUUAAUAGGUUCUUUGGAUGAAGACCAACAAAGUUUGGAUAAGAAAUGACCUUGACCCAUACUCAAGGUCGUAAGGGUUAAAAUUUGUCAAAACACUCAAACCAACUUUUUCUUGGUAAACCAAAAAGACCUUUUAAGUCAUUUAGGCAGUGAAUACCAAAUGAGCAAUGCAGGCCCUUUUGGCCUUUUGUCCUUUGUUUAUUUCUUCAUCCAAUAAGGAAGGUACUUUUACCAGUAUAUACAUCGUAAAAACUACACGGCUGACAAAGCUCUUACAGAACGUUUACACAUGUAUGUUUCAUGCCGGAAUUAUUGACCAAUGAGGAAGCCUGCUACCAUGUACAUGUAUAUUGAAUUAUUUAAUUCUUACACUUGGUAUACUAUUGGCACGAUCUAAAAUUGCAAAAAAAAAAAAAUAUAUA